AUGUUGCCCUACACCGACGUGCCCAUCCAACGUCGUCUUUUCUCCAACUGUGAGAAAGCCAGGACAUGGUACUCACAUCUAAACAACUAUCCUGGUCUGUUUGGUGCGGCAGCCAACUCAUCCGAGAAGUAUGUCACCAGCAUUGGUGUGCCUCCACUCGCUCAAUCAAAGUUGCAACAAUCAGGAUUCUACACACCUUAUGGAGCAUUCCCUGUUAUCUUGGCCAAUCAUUCAGUUGGAUUGGUGUGGUACAACAACAUGCUCAGGGGCCCGGCCAUGCAAGGACCCUACGGAUCGAACGAGUCUGGUGAUAACGAUGGCAAGGCCACUUCAAACAAUGUAUCAUGGGACACCAAACAAACUACAGUCGUGGCGAUACUAGGUGGAAUUGGAAAGAUUGUUAGAGAGGCUUUGAAAGAAGAUUGCAAGUAUCAAAUGUUCUAUGAUAGGAUUGAUGCCUCAUACUCCAAGCAGUUCCCCAAGUUGCUAGGUGAGGAAAUACCAUUUGCUUUGCCAUCUGUGACUGCUCCACAUAAUGUUGGACGUGAAGAUUUUACCUUGUGUCAGAGCAAAUAA